UGGUGCUGAAGCAGUACAUCCUCUAACAAAAUUGGAAACUACAUCACUGCGGAAUGAGCUGCAGGACGGACGCGGGACCCGAAAACAGGUCUGAGAUUCCGACCUCUUUUACCGAAACCCAAUUUCUUGGAGAUUUUGGUUGGGUUUAAGCCCCGACAAAGCGCGUGUCAACACAAUCGAGAGUGUAUCACGCCCAGAUCGGGAUGUCUCUGAGGUGCGUGAAUAGAGGAACGUGUCGUCCUGAACUGCACGGGGAUUACCGCGUUUGAGGAUUUCAAACAAUUACGGAAAAAUGCACGAGGACGAAGUUUGGAUGGCUGGACCAGAAGAAGUCAGAGAGGCUGAGCCGAACUUUAGCCGUCGCUCGAGGGAUCAGGUGUAUGAAUGACACUGCACGCUGUCAUGGCAAUGGUGACGCGUCGAACCGAGUGCCUCUGAUGGACGAAUGACCGUACUGUCAAGAUCUGCAGAAGGAUCGCAGCUGGAUAUUUAUAAGUGAAGAAUUUGUCUAAAGAUGUCGGAUUCGGGAAGGAAGACACCUCCGGCCCAGCGGCAUCGGAGGAAGCAGGGGGUUCACGGACCAGAGGAGCAGAAGAAGAUCUACACGGACUGGGCGAAUCACUAUUUGGCCAAAUCAGGACACAAGCAGCUGAUUAAAGAUCUGCAGCAAGAUGUUUCUGAUGGAGUGCUUUUGGCUGAAAUCAUCCAAGUCGUAGCCAAUGAAAAAAUUGAAGACAUUAACGGCUGCCCAAAGAGCCACUCGCAGAUGGUUGAAAAUAUCGAUAUAUGUCUGGCUUUUCUGGCAGCAAGAGGUGUGAACAUACAGGGACUCUCAGCUGAAGAGAUCAGAAAUGGGAAUCUGAAGGCGAUACUAGGACUGUUUUUUAGUUUAUCUCGAUACAAACAGCAGCAGCAACAGCAGCAGAGCUCGUUACACACACACUUUACACAGACUCAGACACAACCUGCACAAACACACACAACCUCCUCGCAUGGGACUCACGCAUCAGCAGCACAGAUCCAUCGAGCGCAGGCGGAGAUGCAGUCCAGACUUCCUGGCCCUACAUCGAGAGUUUCUGCUGUGUGUGUCGAGUCGUCGCCGCGAGGGUCACUCAGCUCAGCAGGGAACAGAUGCAGCCAGACGUUCAGUGAGAAAAUCAAAGCUGCAGCCACACAGACCAGAGAAUCAUCAGAGGGCAUUGCUUCCCAAACUCCAAGCAUGACUGAGCACGCUCCAUCGUCAUCAGCAACCACGUCUGCUGUCACCAGCACUGUGCCGUCUUCUUCCACGUCCUCGGCCACUUCCUGUUCAGCCAUCCCUCAGCCCACCUCGAGCAGCAAACCCUGGAGGAGCAAAUCUCUGAGCGCCAAAAACACAUCUACCUCCACUAUUUCCCCAGUUAAAGGGGAAGUCCCUUCCAAACAGACCCCUCCUACUGACCCACCUCCAAAAUCCCUGCCUCAGAAGUCCAUGUUGGAAAAACUCAAACUGUUCAACAGUAAAAGUGGCUCAAAAUCCUCUAUGCCCCCAGAGGGCGCUGUGCAUAUGCCGCUUAUGUUGGAGAAGGUAGAAGCUACCGAGCCUGUGGAAGAAGCUAAUGGCUAUGCACUAACAAGCAGCAGCCCAAAGAUGGCACUGAAAGGCAUUGCACAGCGCACCUUUAGCCGUGCUCUAACGGCUAAAAAGGGCUCUGUGAAAGGUGCCGACAAAGAAAAGGACAGUGACAAAGAGAAAGAGCGGGUUAAAGAGAAAGAGAAGGAGAAAGAGCGUGGAAAGGAGACUUCGAGAAGAAUGUUCACUUUUGAAAAGUCAGCGAGUAGAGAUGCAGUAUCCACAGAGGAUGUGACUACCAGAAGUGAUGUUAGCAUCACCGCUGCAGAGCCUAAAAGGACCUCGAAAAUUGCCAGCUUCAUUCCCAAAGGAGGCAAAACCAGCAGCAAGAAAGAUAGCGCCGCCUCUAUGCAUAGUGGAAUCCCCAAACCAGGAAGUAAAGGCACAGCUAAAAGCUCAGGAGUGCCGCUCUGUGGUAAAGACAACGAAAGGCCACGUAGCAUGAGGCUAAGCAGCGGAGUCGGUUUCCACAUAGACAGCCGCCCCAAUUCUUCCUCUUCCAGUCUGGCAUCUACAGAGGGAAAAGGUAAUCAGAAUCACAGCGUAGUCUCAGUUGGAAAUGGAGGAACUACCCAGUCCACUGCUAGCAACACAGUUAGUGUGCAACUUCCUCAGCCUCAGCAACAGUACAACCACCCGAACACAGCCACUGUAGCACCAUUCAUGUACAGAUCCCAGACAGAUGGGGAUGACACCACAGAAACAGGUUUCCAGGGACACACCGGAGAGUCAGGUGGCUUCAGCAAAACCAAUCAGACGUCCACUGAAGAUUUAUCAGGUGAAGAUCCUGAGACUAGGAGACUGAGAACAGUCAAAAACAUUGCAGAUCUUCGACAGAACCUGGAAGAAACCAUGUCCAGUUUACGGGGGACACAGAUAACACACAGCGCUCUGGAAACCUUUGAUAGUGGCGUCACCAUGGAAAUGAACCCUCGUGGUUUCCGGUCAUCUCGUGCCGCACCGCUGUCAUGGGCCAAUCGGAUCGGUCCAUCCAGUCCACGGCUGCAGGCAGGCGACGCCCCAUCACCAGGGAAUGGGUAUCCGGCCCAUGGAGGCAUGGGUGGAUCUGCCCUGGGUCACACACGCUACCUUUACUCUGCUCCUCUGCGCAGACAGCUAGCAGCACGUAGCAGUGCCAUCUGUGGGCUUGAGCUGGGAGAGCGUGGUGCAGAGGAGCUCGAGCUGGACGUCAGUGGCUACGUCAGUGAUGGAGACAUGCUGGCCAAGAACGCACAUGCUGAUGAGCUCAGCAGUGGCUACUUGACUGAUGGUGGUUUGAGUUUAUAUUCUCGCCGUAUGAACCGUUUCCCAGAUGGACUGGCAUUGAUGCGAGAAACUUUACAGAAACAUGUAUCGACUGGUCAAGGAGAUGCAGACAGUUGGGAUGACAGCAGCUCCGUCAGCAGUGGGAUUAGUGACACGAUCGACACUGAUGACAUCAACACAAGUUCCUCUAUCAGCUCAUACACACACACAUCUGCUUCAUGCAGAGCUCUGAACACCCAGCUUUCUCCUGUGACUGACGCUGAGAAACAUUCGGCAGUCGAGCGACACUCAAGUUGGUCCUGCGAUGAAGUCAAGAAAUCUGACGGUAAUUCAGACAGUGGUGUGAAAAUGGAGUCUGGGUUAAAAUGGCACCAAAACCCUUCUGACAUAUCAGAUGAGUCAGAUAAGGGAGGAUCCGGGAAAAGGGCAGGUGCCGUUUCUCAGACCGGCUCAUGGAGGAGGGGCAUGACUGCACAGGUUGGCGUGACGACACCACGCACCAAAAACACCACAGUUACCUCAGGACCAGGCGUGAUGAAAACACCUGGGACAGCUAAAACAGAUGACGCUAAAGUUUCAGAGAAAGGCCGCGUUUCUCCCCACGCGAACAAAAUCCAGAGCUCUGACUCCGCCCCUUCCCGCGUUUCCUUUGGCUUAAAGAAACCCAGCUCAGGGUCCAUCUCGGGUCCUGCUGCCACAGCGACGACCUCCAGCACAGUCAGCAGAGUCACGGUCAUCAGUGGUUCAGCCACACUGGGGAAAAUCCCCAAGUCCACAGCUCUGAUGGUGGGUGGAGUCAGAUCUGGUCUGAAAGGGUCAACACUAGAGUGUGCCAUGGUGACUCAGGAAGACGGCGGCCUAACGCCUGGUGUCCGGUCGACUCUGCAGUACCGCAGCCUGCCUCGACCUUCACGCUCCUCCCACAACCGCGCGUCCAUCAGUAGCAUCGAAUCAGGACCAAGUAGCCGAGGUCCUGCCAUCAGUCUGUCUGUCUCAGCCAAUAAGACGCGAGAGUCUGUGCCCAACAUGAAAACCAAUCAGACCGACAAGGAAAAGGGUGGAGUCUCUGAUGCGGACAACUUAAGAGCAAACGUGGUUGGCUCAAGUUCGACAAUUCCACAGACAGCGAGACAAGGGAGUAAAUAUACAGAGGUUUCAUCACCCACACUGCGCAGACUUUUUGGAGGUAAAGCUGCCAAGCAGGCCACUGCCUCAGAGAACCUGAAGAACUCUGUGGUCAUUUCAAACCCUCAUGCCACAUUAGGACACCACUCUGUGCCCUCUUCUGGGCUCCUAGACUCCUCCUCAGUGGGCAGCAGCCUGGUUGCAGGGGGCAGUGAGCAGAUGUCCAGCCCGGGCUCGGGUUACUCUGGGGGUACGGGGACAUGGGGCCACCCAUCAGUCAGCAGCAUGCACACCAGCUCUGAAUCCAUCGACAUGUCAGUCAGCAGCGGGAAGCAGCAUGACAGCAGCCACCAGCCAAUCACUCGCACCGGCAGCACCAAGACGGAAAGUCCCUUCUCUUCCCCUUCUGCUAGUCCCAAAUUCAGCCGCAACACCUUGCCUCGGAAGCAAGACAGGUACACCCCAUCACUGCAUCUGCGCCCAGAGGAGGCACGUGAUUGGCUGCGCUCGCAUUCCAUCAGCGGAUUGCAGGACUCAGCCAGUAACUCGCCGUUUUCUACCGGCUCCAGCGUGACCUCACCGUCUGGGACGCGGUUCAAUUUCGGGCAACUUGCCAGUCCCACCACAGCAGCUCAGCUCAACAUUUUGAGUCUGCGCAACAGCGGUCUGACCAAUCAGGAUGCAGUUCUGGACACAUGCAACGAGGGCCGCUUGAGAAACUCCUGCGUCUCUUUGGACGAGAAAACUCGCAUCAUGAGUCGCUCGGCCUCCUUCAGAGACGGGUUUGAAGAAGUACAUGGUUCAUCUCUUUCUCUGGUCUCGAGCACGUCUUCCAUCUACUCCACGAAUGAAGAGAAGUCACAGUCAGAGAUUCGGAAGUUACGCAGAGAGCUGGAUGCCUCGCAAGAGAAAGUGUCAGCACUGACAACACAGCUGAGUGCUAAUGCCCACCUGGUAGCAGCAUUUGAGCAAAGCCUGGCCAACAUGACCAUCAGACUAAAGAGCCUCACAAUGACUGCAGAGCAGAAGGACACUGAGCUGAACGAAUUGAGAAAGACCAUCGAGUUGCUAAAGAAGCAGAACGCUGUGGCUCAAGCUGCCAUUAACGGUGUCAUUAACACUCCUGAACUCACCUGUAAACCUGAACGUACAGCUUCUGUGGGCUCAGUCUCAGUACAGGCAGAGAUGUGUAUGCGCAGACAGCACUCAUCAGACAGUGUGUCCAGCAUCACCAGCCACUCCAGCAUGGAGAAUACAGACAACUGCAACAGGAAAAAGAAGAAAAACUGGCUGCGCAGCUCCUUUAAGCAGGCUUUCACAAAAAAGAAGUCACCUAAAUCCGCCUCGUCCCAUUCAGACAUCGAGGAAAUGAACGACUCGCUCCCUUCAUCUCCUAAACUUCCUCAUAAUGGAUCCAGCAGCUCAACACCCAUGCUCAGGAACUCCAACUCACUGUUGCCAGAGGGUUUAGAUGGUGAGGCAGAGACUGUAAUGCAGCUGCGGAGCGAGUUGAGAGAGAAAGAAAUGAAAUUGACAGACAUCCGGUUAGAGGCGCUUAGCUCCGCCCACCAACUCGACCAAUUGCGAGAGGCCAUGAAUCGGAUGCAGUCUGAGAUUGAGAAGCUGAAAGCGGAAAAUGACAGAUUAAAAUUGGAGAACCAAACGGCGAACGGUGGCCGAGUGUUAAUCACACCAAGCUCUAUCACAACUCCAUCGACUGAACUCAUGCAACAAAACCUCCACGAGUCCACAAACCUUGAUAUAUUGCUGGAUGAUUCUGGAGGAGGAGACGGCAGUUUCCAUAAAGAUGGCCAACAUGUAAAGAUUGCAGUCAGUUUACAGAGAGAAGAUGCUCCCUGGAAAGAGGAUUGCAGACCUCGGGACUUCCUCAUCGGCUGUAUUGGAGUUAGUGGGAAAACCAAAUGGGACGUUUUGGAUGGAGUAGUGAAACGGCUGUUUAAAGAAUACAUCAGGCAUGUAGAUCCAGUCAGUCAGCUGGGGCUAAGCUCUGACAGUGUGGAGGCGUACCGUAUUGGAGACGUAAUCAGGCCUGGUAGAGCAAAAACUCCAGAACUACUACCCUGUGGAUAUUUAGUAGGGGAAAACAACACAAUAAACAUUAAACUGAAAGGUGUGAGCUCCCAGUCGACUGACUCUCUUGUGUUUGAGAUGUUAAUCCCGAAGCCUGUGUUGCAGCGCUACGUGUCACUGCUGCAAGAACAUCGCCGGCUCAUUUUGUCUGGUCCAAGUGGCACAGGGAAAACAUAUUUGGCCCAGCGUCUGGCUGAACACCUGACACUGCUCGAGGGACGCACCGAUACACACACUGCCAUCGCUAACUUCAGCGUAGACCACAAGUCGAGCAAGGAGUUACGGCAGUAUUUGUUGACUGUAGUGGAACAGUGCAGUGUGGAUCAAAGUGCAGCUCCUUUAGUCAUCAUACUGGACAACUUGCAUCACAUCAGCUCACUGGGGGAGAUAUUCAAUGGACUACUUAACCAAACACGCCAGCACUGCCCAUAUAUUAUCGGCACCAUGAGUCAGACGACGUCUUCGUCUCCUAAUUUGCAGCUUCAUCAUAACUUCAGGUGGGUUUUGUGUGCAAAUCACACUGAGCCAGUGAAGGGCUUUCUGGGCCGUUUUCUGAGGAGGAAGCUUAUUGAGACCGAGAUCAGCAGCCGGACACGGAAUCCAGAGCUGGUGAAGAUUGUUGAGUGGAUUCCUCGCCUUUGGCAUCAUCUUAACUGUUUCCUCGAGGCUCACAGCUCAUCAGACGUCACUAUUGGUCCGCGUCUGUUCCUGUCAUGUCCCAUGGACAUGGACGGGUCACGCAUUUGGUUUACUGAUCUGUGGAAUUACAGCAUCAUCCCAUACAUGCUGGAAGCUGUCAGAGAGGGUUUGCAGUUGUACGGACGCAGAGCUGCAUGGGAUGAUCCUGCUCGUUGGGUGAUGGAGACGUUUCCAUGGCGAUCAAGCACCAAGCAGCCUGAUUGGCCUGCGCUGCUAAAACUCCGCCCAGAGGAUGUGGGUUUGGAUGGUGGCUCAACCUCUAAAGAGGGAGCUACCAAACAGAGCAUCCAGAGUGACAGUGAUGCUGAUCCACUGAUGAACAUGCUAAUGCGUCUGAAGGAGGCAGCAAACUUCUCCAGCACUCAGAGUUACGACAGCGACUCCAACAGCAACGGUCAUCAUGACGACAUCCUUGACCCGUCCCUGGAGUCAACUCUCUGAUGCGUACUUUUAUAAAUUUCCUUCAAAAACCUCCUUUGAAUGUUUCCUCUUAUUCAGGCAGGAGUGAAAUUAACUGCACUACUCAUAAUUCAGCGUAAUGUAAAACCAAUCAUGGACAUGAACAAGCUUCAUGAAGAAGAUGACGACGAUGAUGAGGAUGAAGACAGGAAGAAGACAGAAACUGCACUACCAUGACAGAUCCUGCUGUGAUGGAUGGAUUAAAGAAUAGCACAUGGCAUCAGACAGAGAUUUUCCAGAAUCCUUACCUCACUAAUGUCCACCUAUAAUGUCUAAUAAUAAUAAUAAUAAUAAUAAUAAUAAUAAGUUUUAAAGUUUUGCUAAAUAUCUUCAUAUCCUAGUUCUGCCUUUCAUAGCCCUGCAGCUUUUUUUUUUGGAGAAACAUCAAAUGUGUCUGUCACUUCUCAACAACGUUGUGUUGACAAAAUUGGUGCUAUGAAUGAUUUUCUUCGCUACUGUGAAUGUCUGGACUCAAAUGACGAUAGCUCACAAAAGUUGCUCCUGAUGCUGGCCAUCAUUUUAUAACUUAAAGUCAAAGGAUUGACACGUUCUGGGAGACUUUCCUGGAGGACGAGGCGACGUGAUUUUCCUGUUCGUUUGCAUGAUCAGUAAGAACAAGGUCCAUCACCAGCAUGGAGUUUUCACUUGGUUUGUGUCUCGCAGGCACUUGUUCAUCAUUGAACUCCCUUGUUCUUUCUUUCAUCCCUUCAUUUUGGUGCUGAAGAGCCCAGUGCCUUACUGUGUUUUUUGCAAAAGGGCUUCAUGCUGCAGACCUGAAGCAGCUCAGAGUGGCUUCAUCAUUUUAAUGACGCUUCAACUCGUCUUAUAGCUUAUAAAAUGCAGAGGAGGAAUGAAAACAUUAGGCACAAAAACCCUGUGAUGCUUAGAAGGAGCAUGCGCAGAUGUGCAUGUUUAUACCUCAUCGACUGUUCAGAACUUUACUUUGGCCUUAAAUCCCAUGUGACACCACUGUGAAGGGGAAUAACUUAAAGAGUGCUUAUCAUGAAGUCACAAUUGUUCACCGGUUUUCUAAAAUAAAAUAGCUUCAUAUAGUGUAUGAUUACCUGUAAACAGUUUGUAAAAGCCUGCCCAGUCCAGGAGGUCUGUUUAAAAAACUAAGCUGCAAAAAAACAGCCCAUUUUAGAAUUCUUGUUUCCUACAUAUCAAACCUCAUUGAAACACUUGACCCAUUUACUUUACAGCAGGCAGUUAGCUCCGCCCAUUUAUUUUUUAGCAGAUUAACCCUUAUUCAUUUUAGCGCAAGUUUAUAGCUCAGCCCAUUUACAGGUAAGCCCCAACCUGUUCACUUUACAGCAGGUAAGCCCCACCCUCUCCCACUGAAAGUUUAACUCCACCCAUUUACAGUACUUUACAGCAGGUAAGCCCCACCCUCUCCCACUGAAAGUUUAACUCCACCCAUGUACAGUACUUUAUAGCAGGUAAGCCCCACCCUCUCCCACUGAAAGUUUAACUCCACCCAUGUACAGUACUUUACAGCAGGUAAGCCCCACCCUCUCCCACUGAAAGUUUAACUCUACCCAUUUACAGUACUUUAUAGCAGGUGAGCCCCAACUGUUCACUUUACAGCAGGUAAGCCCCACCCACUUCCACAAAUUUUGUAGGAGUAUUUGAUUGAUAGAUGUUGCAGCAUGCAGGUAAACCUAGCCGUCAGAAAGCAAAUAACCUACAAAAGUGUCCACAUGAGUGUUCUGAAUGAUAGCAUGUUAUGACACGACUCUACUGCUGAAGGAUGACUAUACUGGACCCAACAGCAGACCCAUAACCUGGACGCAGAAAUUCCAUCUAAUAUCUCAUUGACUCAUGACUUCAGUAUGAACACUGACUGGGGCAGCUUUAUCUAACAACAUAUGCAUUGUACUUAAUGAGCUAACUCUAGCCAGCUACAGUCAGCCUUUCUAAUCUGCUAAUUCUGUAGCUAUUCAUGUCGAUAACAGUCACAUAUUUUUAUCUCUUUGUUCCGUUCUGAGAGGUGAAGAGAGGAAGGGAAAUGCUAAAUUGAAUGAUGACUUUUUGUACAUAAAACUACGCAAAUAUUAUAAGUGGAUUUCAGGGAAAAAGAUCGAAUACAAAAACAACGUAGGAUACAGGACCUUAAUGCUAACUGAUACCAUAUCAGAUGACUCUUCCGCUGCUGUUAUAGUCUUUUAGGAAGAGUUGAGUGAAUGGAACGACAGGAGAAAGAAGUGUUGACUUGAUAUCAGGAAUUGAUUGUGGUUCUGUUUUAAUUCCUCAUGGAUUUCUUGUGCUGUUGAAUUUGUGCAGUUUUAUGUUAAUAAUGUCGCUUACCUUCAGCAUUUUGAUCCUAUGCAACAAUGUUCAGAUUUUAUAUGGAAGCCAAAUAAGGUAUCAGCACUGCCAAGUGUGUGUGUGUCUGUGUGUAUAUGUGUGUGUGUAUUUAUAUAAAUACGGAUUGUACACUCUGUAUAUACUCUGUGAAUAACUCCCAGAUUAUGAUGUGCCUACAUUUUAUAAAGUUGGAUGUAAGUCGAUUCAAGCACAGACAUGUUUUAAUUUUAUUCUCAUUACUGAAUGUUUAUUUCCUGUGUAAAUGAUUUAAAAACGGCAACAUUAAUUUUUUUAAAAAUCCUGCAUUUGGAUGAAUAAAUGUUUACUUACAUGUUUAUAACAACA